AGUGUAAACUCAAUUUGCUAUAAAUUGACUGCGCCAAUUUUGUCCCGGCACAGUUCGAUCGGUUUCAUUGCUUAGUGAACAACUCCCAAAUACCAACCAUGGCCUUCAAGUUCGUUACCUUCCUCGCCCUGGUGGCCGUUGCCCAAGCUGGAGUCAUCUCCGGCCCAGCCCUGACCACCUAUGCUGCCGCUCCCGCUCUGUCAUAUGCUGCCCCAGUAGCAAAGACCAUCUCCUACUCUGCUCCCGCUCAAUUGGCUUAUGCCGCCCCAAUUGCCAAGACUGUCUCCUAUGCCGCCCCAGCUCCUCUGGCUUAUGCUGCUCCAGUUGCCAAGACCCUCGUCGCUGCCCCACUCGCCAAGACCGUUGUCGCCGAUGAGUACGACCCCAACCCACAGUACUCCUUCUCGUACGGAAUCUCCGAUGCUCUGACCGGUGACCAGAAGGAACAGCAGGAAUCUCGCAACGGAGAUGCCGUCCAGGGAUCUUACUCGCUGGUUGAUGCUGAUGGUUUCAAGCGUACCGUUGAAUACACCGCCGACCCAAUCCACGGAUUCAACGCCGUCGUGCACCGUGAGCCUCUGGCCGUCAAGACCGUUGCCCCAGUUGCCAAGGUCGUUUCCGCUCCAGUUGCUUAUGCUGCCCCAGUUGCCAAGACCAUCUCCUACGCUGCCCCAGCUGUGACCAAGACCAUCGUCUCUCAGCCAGCUUAUGCCAGCUAUGCCGCUCCUUUGGCCACCAAGACCAUCGUGUCGCAGCCAGCUUACACCAGCUACGCUGCCCCAGCCCUGUACCACCACUAAGCAAUACUUCCGAGACUGUUAUCGACUGUUGAGACUGUGUUCAAUUAUUUAUUAGGAAACUGAAGCAAACAAUGAACAAAACAUGAAACGAA